UAAUAUCUUGGGGCUUAAUUGUGAUGUCUAAAGGGUGUGCUUGUAAUGUGUUAGAAUUCUUUAUUUAAUGUCUUAAAGUUAACAUCAUAUUGAUCAACAUCAAAGAAGGAAAGGCGGAACACAAACGAUUUUGGUCUUUAAUCUAUUGGUGAUUCGUGACCAACCAUGCACUUGCAGGGUUCCAGUGUCGCAAACAUUUUCAAAAUUAGAUGAUUAAUUUACUAUAUCCACAUGACAUAAAGAGGUUAUGUAAGCCUCUGCUGCAGAAUCGAGCUAUGUUUUCUUUUGUCUCAUUCUUUUUCACUCUGCGCAGUUUGUACGCAACGGGCUCGUAUUUCUUCGAGCGUGGUUGAGGCGUGGUCGUACGAAGGCCGAAAAUGGGAGUCGGCUGUUGCGAACACUUUUAUUUUAUUUUUCUUCUAGACUUUAGUGGACUUUGAGACUUGAGAUGAUUAUGUAUGUUUAUUUGGGUCAUCCGUGGUUAAUGCUUGACUUUGCCAAUUUCCGAUCUAUCUUGCUGGGCAGAAAUGGAUCAGAAUCUUGAAGGACAGAAUUUGACGAUGCAUAGUAAUUUGCAGCAAAGAGAUGGGUCAAGCUUCACGGGAGACCUUCAACCAAGCGGUGCAAGUCAAUAUUAAAAUACUUUGCAAGUUAAUCCAGUGCCGGCAGUUCAGAAUCCUGGAGGACAGGAUUGGACGUGGCAGGGUAAUUUGCAGCCGAAUGCUGUACCAAUCUUCACGGAAGGCCUUCAAAGAGGCGUGCCAGGUCAGAAUCCUGGAGGACAGGAUUGGACGUGGCAGAGUAAUUGGCAGUCAAAUAUCUUCACAGAGGGCGUUCAAAGAGGUGACAUACAAAUGGAUUGUACGAUUAUGGUGGAGAAUUCUGGACAUGCACACGCUAUGAAUAGUCUUGGAACAGGCAUUACAAAAGAGCAGUCUGGCAAGAAAACCACGGAUAAAAAAGGGUUGUCACAGUCCAAAGGCGCUAUAAGAUCUAGAGAGCAGCGGGCAAAAAAACAGAAACUCGAGGAAAAUACCAAGAUGGAGAUGGAGAGGCUUUAUGAAGAAAAUAAUGCACAUAGAAAACUCGAGGCAGAGAAUAAGGUCAAGAUUGAGAGGCUUUGUAAAGAAAUCGACGCACUCAAAAAACUCGAAGAAGAGAAUAAGGUCGAAAUCGAAAGGCUUCGUAAAGAAAAUGAUGCACAUAAAUUAUUUCAUCUUUUUGAUCUGACUUUUUGUGUCCAGAAACUAGAGGAAAAGAACAAGAUUGAGAUCGAGAGGCUUUGCAAACUAAAUGAUGGACAUAAAAAACUUGAGGAAGAGAACAAUGUCACGAUUGAAAGGCUUCGUAAAGAAAAUGAUGCACAUAAAAGACUCGAGGAAGAGAACAAGAUUGAGAUCAAGAGGCUUCUUAAAGAAAAUGAUGCACAUAAAGAACUCGAAAAAGAGACAAAGGUCAAGGUGGAGAGGUUUCUUCAAGAAAGUAAUGCACAUAAAGAACUUGAGGAAGAAACCAAGGUCAAGAUCGAGAGGCUUCGUAAAGAAAAUGAUGCAUUUAAAAAACUUGAGGAAGAGAACAAGAUCGAGAUUGAGAGGCUUCGAAAAGAAAAUGAUGUGUAUAAAAAACUCGAGGAAGAGAUUAAGAUCGAGAUCAAGAGGCUUCAUGAAGAAAAUGAUGCAUAUAAAAAACUGGAGGAAGAGAACAAGGUUGAGAUUGAGAGGCUUCGUCAAGAAAAUGAUGCACAUAAGGAACUUGAGAAAGAGACGAACAUCGAGAUCAAGAGGAUUCUUAAAGAAAAUGAUGCACAUAAAGAACUUGAGAAGAAAACCAAGGUCGAGAUGGAAAGGUUUCUUAAAGAAAAUGAUGCACAUAAAAAACUCGAGGAAGAAAACAAGAUCGAGAUUGAGAGACUUCGUAAAGAAAAUGAUGCACACAAAAAACUGCAGGAAAAGACCAAGGUUAAGAUCAAAAGGCUUCGUAAAGAAAAUGACGCACAUCAAAAACUCAAGGAAGAGAACAAGAUUGAGAUCGAGAGGCUUCGUAAAAAAAAUGAUGCACAUGAAAAACUCAUGGAAAAUACCAAGAUCAAGAUGAAAAGGCUUCGUGAAGAAAGGGAUGCAAAUAGGAAUUUAAUGGAAGAGAUGGAGAUCGAGAUGAAGGGGCUUUAUAACGGAAUUGAUACAUAUCAAAAAUUUAUGGAAGAGACUAAGAUUGAGAUGCAGAAUCUUCGUAAAGAAAAUAUUGCACAUCAAGCCAUGCUGGAGAGGCUCUGUAAAGGAAAUGAGGAAGACAAAAGAAAGAAGUAUGAGUUCAAUAAAAAUCUUGAAAAUCUAGGUGGAAGGGUAACUGCAUUUAAAACCUCCAAACUCCAAAAGGGGUUUAUCUUGAGGAGACCAGAGAAUACUUCAUUUUUGGAAACAGAAAUCAAAAGGCAUAUUGCGAUCAAGGGGUUUGUAAAGAUUCCGCUUGAAAAUAUGGUGGUCAAAAUUGAGGACGAUGUCUUGUACAUCAACUCAAAAACGCCAGAUAUGAAUUAAAGGGUACAUUCCAAUUUAUUGCUACUUCAACUUUUGUUUAUCUUCAAAAUCUGUCUACUCAAUUCAUGUGGUCUGUACUAAUUAAAGGCUAAAACUAAACAACUUUGCCUGCUUCUGGCUUGAUUUGCUAAGAUGAUGUUAUCAUUGCUCAAACCAAGGAUUUUAAAAGUUGUAACUUUUAAAAUUAGAUUUCUCUAUACAAGGAUGCUUAUUAGUUGAGAUGACAUUUGUUUCUUUUGUCAAAUGAAAUUUGUUACUUUCUUUA